AUGCUGGAGUUGGCGGCGGCAGCAGUUGCCAUGGAGGAGGGCGAGGAAGAGUUCCCGUGCCCGUCGGUGUGCCGGUGUGACGAAGGCUUCGUCUACUGUAACGACCGGGGCCUGAGCAUGAUCCCUCCGCUACCGUUAACGGCUACCGUUCUCUACCUACAGAGCAACCAGUUGGCCAACUCCGGCCUGCCGCCGUCGUUAGAGCACAGCAGUAGUAUCCGUGUGGUCUACCUUUACGCCAACCAACUAGACGAGUUUCCUAUACACCUGCCGCCAUCGCUACGGGAACUACACCUGCAGGACAACAACAUUCGGACGUUGCCACGCACAACAUUGGCCAGGUUACCAUUACUAGAGAGGCUACACCUGGACGACAACUCCAUCUCCACGGUGAGCAUCCAGGAGCGGGCCUUCUCCGGCACGCCGCGGCUGAGGUUACUCUUCCUCUCCCGGAACCACCUGUCCAGCAUCCCAGCCGGCCUCCCGGCUUCUUUAGAGGAGCUGAGGUUAGACGACAACCGCAUCAACACCAUCCCCACCCACGCCUUCCGGGGCCUGGCCUCACUGAGACGCCUGAUCCUGGACGGGAAUCUCCUGGCCAACACCCGCAUCGCCGACGACACCUUUUCCCGCAUGGCCAACCUCACGGAGCUGUCGCUCGUCCGCAACGCCCUGCAGGCCCCGCCCAUCAACCUGCCCAGCACACACCUGCUGAGACUGCACCUGCAGGACAACGGGCUGAUCCACGUGCCCCGGGGGACCCUGGACGGGAUGAGGAAGCUGCAGAGGCUGGACCUGUCAGGUAACCAACCAGGGGUUGGAACAGAGUUCCCAAAGCUAAAUAAUUCCCAUAGCUAGAAUCCUAAGAUUUUACAUUGCUGAGUUUCCAGAGUCUAGACUAAAACGCAGCCUGUAUUUUGCAGAGUAACUUUAGUGAACUACUCAGAAAAUAUGCAGCAGAUUAGCGUAUUAUAUUACAGCAGGUCCCAUACUAGUGACUUGUGUCCAUUUCCAUCCCUGCAGGUAACAACCUGACCACUCUGCCCCGGGGGCUGCUGAGGGACACGGACGGCUUAGAGCUGUUUCUGCUCCGGGGGAACCCCUGGUACUGUGGCUGCAACCUGCACUGGCUCCAGGCCUGGCUGUAUGGCCGCGGGGCAGCGGUGACGGUACGGGGCCUGACCUGCCACGGGCCGGAGGCGGUGCGAGGCCAGGCCCUCAGGGACAUCUCUGGGCUCAUGGACCAGUGUGAAGGCCCCCCAGGAGGGGUGAACACUGUCUCUAGUACUACCACCACCUUCCCCCCCACCCAGGGCUCUAUGUUUACCCUCAGGGCCAUGCGGCCGGGCCUGGUGAUGACGUUACCACCGGGAGGAGGAGAGGCAGGGGGGGCACGCCUCACACGACACUCUAGAACUCACGGUGAAGCCUCUGUCUGCGGACAGCGUGCAAGUGACGUGGCUGUGCCCACGGCCGGCGCCCUCCUUCCGGCUGUCAUGGCUAAGGCUGGGCAGCAGCGCCGCUCUGGGUUCCAUCACAGAGACGCUGGUCCCCGGGGAGAGACAGCAGUACCUACUGACCCAGCUCACGCCACGAUCACACUACCUCAUCUGCCUGCUCCCCCUGCGCUCCUCUUCCUCCCACUCUGGAGGGUCACAGAGAGGACCGCAGCAGGAAAAGGACACAAUGGACCAGAGCCCCGUCUGCGCUCAGAUUGAGACGGGGGAGGCUCUGCGCCCCGAGGGGGGAGACGGGGGUGAGGACUCGAACACAGAGAUGGCAGCCCUCCCCCUGGCUGAGAUCAUCGGCGGAGCCACGGCCCUCGUCUCCCUCAUACUCAUCUUCGGCAUCUUCUGCUGGUACGGCCAGCGCGCCGGGUACGUCUCGGGGGAAACAGACUCCUAUGGGGUCAGAGGACAGCGCGGGGUCGGAGUGGGGAAGCCGUAUGAUGACUACGUGGAGUCCGGCACUAAGAAGGACACCUCCAUCCUGGAGAUCAGGAGCCCCAGCUUCGCCAUGACGCCCAUGACGACCCAUCAGCCACUGCAACCCAAAGGAGGGGAGGACGUGACUUACGUGCACACAAUCUUCCCCUCAUCGCACGGUAACGGCACCUACCGGAGCAACCAGAGUCACAACGGCAUCAUCAACCAAAUGGGUCACACAGCGGGCUACAGGACCAACCGGGGUUACCGGGAGCAAGGGAUGAUCCCGGAUAUAGACUACACCUACACGUGA